CAACAAAUUUUGCGCCAAAUUGCACAAGAAAAUUAAUUGUUUAUCCCGCAAGAAUAUAACCACAAUCGUAAACAAUGGCUCUUCGUUUGGAGAGCUCCUACGAGAACUUGAGCAGCCAAUAUCGGCUGAAGGAUUACGAUUACCAGAAGCAGUUCUGUCACCUGUACGCCCACCGCCUGGUCGAGAUGACGCGCCUCCUGACGCCGCUUGUCCAGAAGAAGUGGGGCAAAACGGAGCCCAUCAAGAAGCUGUGCGAGCUGCGUGGCGAACAGGAUGUCCACUGCAUCUUGAUUGGCACCAUCUACAAGCACCAGGCGCACAAGCCCAGCAUCCUGAGGGACAUAUCCGAGGAGAAUCAAUUGGCACCGCAGCCGCCGCGACAGAAUUACUCGGAGCCUGAAGACAAGGUGAUACUGGAGGAUGAACUGCAGCGGGUGCGCUUGCAGGGUAAGAUACUGCAGACCCAGCUCAUGGCCACAGGCGUCGUGUGCGCUGUGCUUGGCGGCACCGACAGCGAAGGCUUCUUCAACGUCGAUGAUGUGAUGUACUACGAGAGUGGGCCACAGAAACCACUGUCCAACAAACGGAACCGACUGCUAGUGCUUGUGUCUGGCUUGGAUCAGCUACAAUCCCACACCUAUGUAGACGCCCUGAAUCUCUUCCAGUACUGGCUUAGCGGCAGUCUGGGCAAUGGAAAAGAUGCCAAAUCCUUGGUGCGACUGAUCAUAGCCGGAAACUCGGUGCGCGGCAGUGCAAUGGCGCAUGUUCCGACCCUGCAGGUCGCACGCACUCAGGCGAAUGCCAACGACACUGUCCAGGCGGUCAGCCAGCUGGACAGUUGGUUCGCAUCGUGGGCGCAGUGCCUGCCCAUCGAUGUGAUGCCGGGCGCCUUCGAUCCGGCCAACUUUAUGCUGCCACAGCAGCCAUUCCACAAGUGCAUGUUCCCCCAAGCGGCGCAGCUCUCAUCGUUCCAGGCUGUGACCAAUCCGUACAGCUGCCGCCUGGAUGAUGCGCUCAUUGUGGGCACUGCCGGUCAGAAUGUGGCAGAUCUCCUCCGCAGCACGUCGCUGGAAUCUUCCCUGGAGGCCCUGCGCUGUACCCUAACAUGGGGCCAUGUGGCGCCUACUGCUCCGGACACUCUGGCGUGCUAUCCGUACAUCGAGAGUGAUCCAUUCAUCAUGCGCGAGUGUCCACACGUGUACUUUGCAGGCAACUGCGAAUCCUUCGAGACGGCCCUUCAUGUUACCGCAGAGGGAAAACGCACCUGCCUCGUGUGCGUGCCCAGCUUUGGCAAGACGAAGAGCGUCGCCGUGGUGGAUUUGGACACGCUCACCUGCCGGCAGGUUAACUUUAGUACUGAAUCCGAAUGAAAUGUAGAGUGGAUGUCUUGAGGAAGUAAAUGCAGUUUAGUAAAGUUA